AUGUCGGCCACCAACGAAAGCCCUCCUCCGACGUAUAGUAAGGAACCACCACAGCAGAUGGCGACAGAGGAGCCUCGCAUUCAAUCGGAUGAGGAGUCGGCAGCCGAUAAGCCGCAAGAUGGAGUUAGGGCUAUGGAGGCUGUGUCCUUGACAUGGUCGAAAUGGGGUCUUAUAAUCGCAUACCUUGGCAUCUUUUUGAUGGCUUUCUCGACUUCCCUGGAGGCACAAACCACAUUUGCGCUCAGUGCCUUUGCCACUAGCUCGUUCCAGUCACACUCGCUACUGUCAACCGUCACUGUCAUCCAGAGCGUGGUCCUGGCUGUCAUGAAGCCCAUCAUGUCCAAGCUCAGCGAUGUCACGGGCCGUCUUGAGGCCUUUACCCUGUCCAUUGUGUUGUUUGUGCUUGGGUUUAUCCAGCAAGCGUCGUCAACCAAUAUCGACUCGUACGCCUCGGCCCAGAUCUUCUAUUCGGCCGGCAGCACGGGCGUUCAGAUUCUGCAGCAGAUCUUCAUCGCCGACACGAGCAACCUGCUCUGGCGUGCCCUGUUCUCUUCGCUCCCGGACACUCCUUUCCUCGUGACGGUCUGGGUCGGACCCGAGAUCUCGGCGCGCAUCCUCGAGCGGGCGAACUGGCGUUGGGGUUACGGCAUGUGGGCCAUCAUCCUCCCCGUGGCUUUCUUGCCAUUUGCCAUCAGUUUGUUCAUCAACCAACGCAAGGCCAAGAAGCUGGGCGUUCUCGACAACCGUAGAUACUGGAUCUCGGCCAUCAGACGCCAGGGAUUUCUUACAACUGUCGUCAAGGUGGUCCAGUCGGUUGAUCUCAUUGGUGUCCUCUUGUUGAGUGCCGGCUUCGCGCUGCUCUUGAUCCCCCUGACCAUUGCUACGCGCCAAACAGGCGGCUGGAGCAACGGGGCCAUAAUUGCUAUGAUUGUUGUUGGCGCCAUUUGCCUGAUUGCCUUUGGUUUCUGGGAAUGCGUCUCGGCCAGACUUAACCCCCAUCCGUUAAUCCCGCUCUAUCUUUUUAAGAGCAAGACGUUCUGUGCCGGCUGCGGUAUCGCCUUCUUCUACUUUAUGGUGUUCUACCUGUCGGUCUUCCCUUACUACUACUCUUACCUACUUGUGGUACACCGUAUCGACGUGGCUACGGCGGGGCGCAUCACGCAGGUCUUCUCAUUCUCUAGCACAGUUAUGAGUGUGCUGGUCAGCUUAGCUAUCAAGUACACCAAGCACUACAAGUACUUCAUCACAGCGGGCAGCCUGCUGUACCUCCUCGGCAUUGCGCUUAUGAUUAACUACCGCAGCGAAAACGCCGGCAUGCCAGCCCUGGUCGGCACCCAGGUCUGCAUAGGCAUCGGCGGUGGAAUGCUCAAUGUCCCAGCGCAGCUUGGAGUACAGGCGACAGCCAAGCACCAGAACUUGGCUAUCGCCACGGCCGUGUGGCUCAUGGUGCUGGAGCUGGGUGGCGCUAUCGGCAGCGCUAUCUCGGGCGCCGUAUGGACAAAGGUCGUGCCCGCAACAUUAACAGAGCUCCUACCCGAGGCGAGCCGCGCCAACGCCACCGCAAUCUUCAACAAUGUCAACACUGCCAUUGCACUCGAGUGGGGGAGCCCCGAACGUGUUGCCAUCAACGCUGCCUACCAGGCCGGCAUGCGCCAGAUGCUCAUAGUUGCCGUCUGCAUGUGCGUACCUAUCGUGCUCUUGUCCCUGCUCAUGCGCAACAUGAAGCUGGAUGAGGUAGAUCAGGGCGUCAAGGGCUACGUCAUUGGUGGCCGUGUAGAUGGGGACUCGAAGAAGGACGCCGGUGCUGGGGUUGCCCCUGACUCUAGGGUCGCUGUCGAGCCGCAGCAUCAUCAACAGGAGCAGGAUCAACCAGCUCAAGACGCUACCAAGAGUGACCAAGUUGUCGGCAGAAGCACCGCUACUAAUCCUUAG